AGCUACAGGCAAACAGGGUUUCUGGAGGAGGAAGCGGGUCUCCAGAGUCGGGCAGCAGGAAGACAGACUACUUCCGGGGAGAGGACACACAGGAGAAGGCUCUCCCACCAACAGGGCUCCUACUUCACUCCAGGACUAUGCCAAUCUUCAGCCAUGCUCCCACCAGCCGGUCCCCUGCUGUCUCUCCUGCUGGUGAUAGGCACAUGUGGCACGGAGCCCAGGCCCUGGGUCCCUCCUCAGGGCUGCUACGUGGCCGAAGAAGCUGGUGAGCGGACAUUCCGUUGCAGCCAGGCGGGCCUGAGCGAGCUGCCCACCGGCAUCCCCAACGACACACGCAAGCUCUACCUGGACGCCAACCGGCUGGCCUCGGUGCCGGCAGGAGCCUUCCAGCACCUUCCUGUCCUGGAGGAGCUGGAUCUGUCCCAUAACGUCCUCGCCCACCUCUCAGGGGCUGCGUUCCGGGGCCUGGAGGGCACGCUGCGCCACCUCGACCUCUCUGCCAACCGGCUGGCCUCGGUGCCCGUAGAGGCCUUCGUGGGCCUGCAGGUCCAAGUGAAUCUGUCCGCCAACCCAUGGCGCUGUGACUGUGCCCUGCGAGAGGUGCUCAGGCAGGUGAGGCUGACACCGGGCCCUGGAACAGGCAUCGUGUGCGGCCCCGGAGCCCGCCCCGACCUCGUGGGGCAGGAGUUCCUGCCUCUGGCGGGCGAGGAGGAGCUGUGCGGGGCGGGGCGGGCCGGGGCCCCGCGGAGCACUGAUGUGGCCCUGCUGGUCACCAUGGGGGGCUGGCUGGUGCUCGUGGGGGCUUAUCUGGCCCACUACGUGUGGCAGAACCGGGAGGAGCCCCGAUGUCCCCUCAAGCGGGCCCCGGUGCUGCCCGGGCGCUCCGAGGACUCCUCCACCCUCAGCACAGUGGUCUGAGGACCGGGGCCACCCCUCCAGCCCCCUCUGAUGACCUGGCCUACAUUCCUCCCCCUCUGCCCUCUCCUUUCCCCUGACCCUCUCUGCCUCCUCUGCAACCCCAUCCCAUCCCAAUUCUACCCCCCUUCCUCUCCCAUCUCCCCUAAAACCCCAAUCUCUCUCUCAACCAACACCCUCUGUGGGGCCUGGAGUGUUUGGUGCCUACUCUAUCUCGGAGACCCAAAGUUCCCAAGUCCCCACGGUGGGGGGCAACAGAACAGAGAAUGACAGUAGAUGGUAUGAGUGCCCACUCAGAGGUAGGGGCAGGCGGCCGUGGGAACACAGGGGAAGAAGCCUCUACCCGGCUGAGUGAUCUCCAGGCUUCACUGUGUGGAUGUUUGAGCUGACUCUUCAAGAACGAGAAGGGCUUUGGGCAGAAGAGGGAGGACCCCAGCUACAAAGUGGUGGACAAAGGCAAAGAGGAUGCAAACAACUCAGAAAUUAUGGGCAGCAACGAGACAUUCCUGGGGACUGAAGUAGAGGGUGCAGAGAGAGAGGAGGGGAGGCUGGGCCCUGUGGUCUCCUGCUCUCCUCUCUCCACCUCUGCUGAGAAGCUCCACCCUCACUUCCUGCCUCUCUCUCUUGGCCCCAGGCUCCUCUCCCUCUGCCCUCUGUUGGGGACCCCCCUGGCUUAGAGUGCCCUGCUUCCUUUUCCAGAGAUGCCCCAUCUCUCUGCUCCCUCCUUUAUACACUGACGGGCUUUCUGAACCCUUUCCCUUGGGAGAAGAGUGGUCUCCUCUAUGUUGGAGCUGAAGAUGGGUCACUGGGAGCUGGAGGGGGAUGGGGACUAGGAGAUCUCCCACCCCCAGAAUAUCACUGGACAACUCAAUAAAGUCACUUUUAUUAAUGCCCCUGACCUCUUCCUUAUU